AUGGCCCUCCAAUUAAGCCACUUGAAAUGUACGAAUUUAUACAGUUCACAAGUAGUUAUGGCUUGCUACAAGAAUGCAGCCAUUAACGUACGUAUUUCCUCUCUAUAUAAAGAAGUAGAGAGGUAUGUUCAAAAUCACAAGAAAAAUUUAGAAAUGGGAAACAAAGGAGGAAUGGAAUCCUCCACGGCUCUCUUGUUUACUACUAGUGCUCUUCUUGUAGUUAUAGUAUCUUUGAGUUUUCCCCUUCUUGCUGAUGCGGAAUUGGAUUCUAAACCUUCGCACCAUGGAGUGUAUAAGCCUAAAACACCUCCACCACCAAAAAAGAAGCCAGUAUAUGUGUCUUACCCACCACUAAAGAAGCCAAAUGCGUCUAAAACGCCACCAAGAAAACCUUCACCACCACCUCAUAAACCAUAUUAUAUGCCUCCGAAAUCACCAAAGAAGCCUCCAGUAAAGCAUAUGCCUCCACCACCAUAUGCGCCAGAGGAUGUGCCUUUUACACUCGAUACCCCUGCGCCGGUGUCUUAUAAGGUGUUUAAGUCACCACCAAUUGUUGUAACAAUACCAGGACACCCGAAAUCUCCACCAAAGGGGAAAUCUCCACCACCGCCAAAGAUGAAGAAAUUAUUCCCACCACCACCAAAGAAGAAAUUCCCUUUCCCACCAAAGAAGAAAUUCCCUCCCCCACUUUACUAA